CCUAUAACCAGGUUUGUCAUGAAGUGCACACGAGAAAUGUGGGAGGAAGUGUAGUCGGAUCAUAGUAACAGUUCAACUCAGUGUCAGUGUACUCUUCAUUAUUUCAUCCCUCGACAUGCUGCUUUUGCUACUCCUGCUGGCAUCCACAGGUAACUGCCAGGUCCAGCAUGUGUCGGGUCAGAUGAAAAAUAACUCAUGUGCAUGUGAGGUGAACACCAACAUGUGGUUGUUCCCUGCUGAGAACUAUGAGGCCACACUGCUACAAGUUGAAUCUUGCGAGGAUUCCUUAAAAAGGCUACAAGAACAGGUGCAUCUGUCAAACCAGCGUCUCCCUGAGAUCCAUACACUGGUUGAUAACCUAACACAGCGGCUGGAGCCUUACCAGUACCUAAAUUAUAAGGGCCUAUAUUCUCCUUUGUCUCUGCGGCAGCUGGGUGAAGAACUCAGCAAGCUGGAGACCAACAUUAAUAGCAUCUCCGUUCAAGUGAACAACGCCGAAACAACAAAACUCUCAAAAGAGGUCCACAAACUGCGAAGAGAUGUUGACAUGAUGCAUAUGGCGAACUCAAUCAACAUGAAGACUGUAAAAGAGAAACUCCGCUACCUGAAAAACAGUGUUGAAUCAUGCUUGUCAAUCCCCAGAGACUUCACAGGUCAACAAAGGUAUUGCCUUAAAGGCCUCAUCACCAAUAUCAGCGCACCAGUCACAACUAAAAUCAGUCCAUACGGUAAAAACAUCAUCGCUGGGUCAUGGGGCCAACAAGCCCUCAUGGACAGCGAAGGCCUGAAAAACAGCAUCUGGAUUCAACCUUUGCUCUACAGCCACAUCUCAGGCAAUGUCCUGAGACUGUAUCAAUCUUACGAAGACUUCAUGGCCUCUGCUAACCACAAGGAUGUUCUCGUGGCUCCAUCCACCAUCCACGCCAAUGCUGUCGAAGGCCCCAGUGCUGUCUUGUAUGGAGAGGCUCUGUACUAUCACUGCUACGGCUCUGCAGAUAUUUGCCGCUAUGAUAUAAACAACAAAGCUGUCACCAGGGUUGAACUACCCCGAAUUGGGAAGGAUUACAGAAGGUUCCCUUAUUGUUACUUUGACUGUCAGGCCAAUAGUGAUGUGGAUGUGGAGGUAGAUGAGACAGGGCUAUGGGCCAUAUAUGCCACUGCUGCUAGCCAUGGUAAUAUAGUGGUAAGCAAAAUAUCGUGGGAUAAUGAAGCCGAAACGCUCAAUGUCACACAGACGUGGGAAACGAGGCUGUUUAAGAAGGCAGCAACCAAUGCUUUCAUGGUGUGUGGUGUGUUGUAUGCUACUCGCUUUUUGGAUGAUUACAAUGAAGAGGUGUUCUAUGCCUUUGAUACAGCAACAGGCAAAGAGGACAACACACUUGCGCUGCAGCUGGAGAAGAUCGGUAAAGGAGUUGCCAGUCUGAGUUACAAUCCAAUCAACAGGCAGCUCUACAUGUUCAACAAUGGGUAUCUUCUAGCCUACAAAGCCCAGUUUUAAAACAGAAUAUAAACCUAAAACAGUACUACAACAAUAUGUAACAUGCAUUAAACACAUAUUCAUCAUGAUGGUUGCCAUCAGAGAGCUGUUUGUAAACUGUAUACAGGGGUUCCUCUCAGUUACAGAGUAAACUCCAAUUUCCGAAUGUGCCAUAGUCUAUCACUAACAUAUGCUAACACAGUGGUAAAAUCAUGAUUACAGUCAAUGUUUGUUUGAAAAACAUUCAAAUUCAAAAUGACAACUGCAGCAGUAUCUGAAUGUGCAUUCUUGUGCCCUGUGACGAUGUUUUCUUAACCUUAUAUCAGGACCAUCGUAGCGAGUAAAAAUUUCUUCUCCAGAAUAUAAUAUUGUGGAAUCGCUGUUGCAUUUUUAUGAAUAAGUAUAAAAUUAACUUUUUUUUUUUUCCUAAAUGUGUUUUGUUACUACUUUUGAAAGUCAUUUAUCAUGGUUUAAAGUUGCAUAUAUAGGCACUAUAUCUAUGGUAGUUACUAAAAUUCAGAGAUCAACAUGCAUGUGACAAAUUAUAUAUACAAAAGCUAAUUGCCUAAUGAAUAAUAAAUUGCAGUCUGAGUUGUAUGUUUUUAA